UUUAGGAAUGAGCAGUAGUAGCAUCAGCUCAGAUGCACCUCCCAAGACUGUAGAUAUGAAUAAAAUCAGAUCAGAGGCUUUCUCUACUAAGAACUCGACCAGGCGGUCAAAGUUCCUAAGGGCAAUCCAGAAAAGCGGGUUUAUCCGCAGUGAAUGAACUGACAAUAAUCGGAAAUCUUCAAUGAAACGCAAAGGGAUCAAUGUAGGAAGCAAGCAGCUGCAGUUGUUCAAGCUAGAUUUCUCACUGAAUGACAAGAUUCAGUUAUUUAUAGCUCCAUAUUCAAGCCAAGUUGAGUUCCUCGACUACAUGAGGUUCAAAGGGGACGAAACAAAGCAAGAGAAGGAAUACCGCUCACUUUGGUCGAAAGUUUACAGCUUUUUAUUCAAUAAGGACACGAAGAUCUUCCUUGGCAACAAGGGGAACCUUGAAAGAGCCCUUGAGAAGCUCAAGAAUUCUCAGAAAUAACGUUACUUUCUAUGAUGCCAUGUUAUAUCGGAAGUACACAGGGAGGAAGAAGAGCAUUCUCAACUUAUCACGUAGGGCCACUCAAAGAGGCUCCUUAAAGGCUCAAGUAGAGGAACUCCUUAGAUUUGACAUUAAGAAAAGAGAUUCAGUCAUUCUUCAACUUAGUGAAGCAGGUCAAUCCCUCUCUGACACCAUUCUUGGAGGAUGCCAAUUUUAAGUCAAUUAAAGAUUUUGAGCAGUUCUAUAAGUACUUUAAGAAUGAGAUAAGAAGCACUAAAGUUAGGAAAUAUACAGUGAAGCUGAAAAUACGCAAGUCUGACUCUUUCAUGAUGAAAGCGAAACCUCAAAAGACUGCAGGCUUGCAACCAAACUCUCAAGGGAUCAAAGUUGGAACUUUUGAAGAUGACAGUAUCAAUUCGAUAUCCCGCAGGUAUAAAUCGAGAAGAUCGAAGAUUUCAGAGCUAUCGAAUGAUCUAGAGUCUCAAGAUGAUAAAAAUGGAGGGAGGAAAAGAAUCGUUUUGUGUUUCAAAUCUGUAGUUUUAGAUUUUUGAGAAGAUUCUGGAAGUAAUUUUUUUAAAAUAAAAUUGGCUUUCUCUGAUUUUUGUUGAUUUUAAAAAGAUAUAUUCCUUAUUUUGUUUUUAAGUGGCAAAAUUAGAGGAACUAAAUUUUUAAACAAUCCUAACUUCACCAAAGCACACACAAAUAGACCAAUUGAAGCAAAGAAGAAUCAAAUAAGAAAGGAUAAAUAAACUACAAAGGAUCCUUAGCGCUAAGCAGAGUCUAUCGAUCAAUAUGAAGAGAGAAAUAAAUGAGGCCAUUUCCACACCAGUUGCAUUGACCAAAAGACGCUUGGCUUCUCCUCCAGACCUAAAAUCGCCAGAAAUUCUUUCAAAGUUACACCAAAAAUUGCAAAAAUCAAGAUCCCGGUCUAAAUUAAGCUCCAAAAGGAUGAAAAGAGUGUAUAACUGAACUGUUCUUAAAUUCAAAAACCAGAAGCUAAAAUAAGCUUCUCUUCAAGAAAGCACGGCAAAGAUAUGUAAGCCCAAGAGAUAGCCUAGCAGAGAAAUCUGGGCGAAGAAUGGUCCGUAUGAAGUCUUCUGAGACAACGAGGAUCUACUCAGAAGAUACUAAGGAGCAUGCUAGAAAGCCAGCAGCUGUAAAAAUGCUGAGGAAUUUCACUAAUCUGAGAGUCCAAAAGGACCUACUUGUAGGUGAGCAGACAGAUUCUGACGAAGAGCUGAAACCAUUAUUUACUUAUGAUGAAAGAGCAUUUCAAUUGUAG